CCGGCGGGGCCCGGGACACAGCGAGCGGCAGGUUUCAAGGUGAAGUAAAUUUAGUUAAUCUGUUAUAAGUUAUUUAUUUGUAAGAAAAAUGACUCCACUGAAGGUGCAUGGACCUGUCCGGAUGCGCAGCAUACAAACUGGGAUUACAAAAUGGAAAGAAGGAAGCUUUGAAAUUGUGGAGAAGGACAACAAAGUGAGUCUAGUGGUUCACUACAAUGUUGGAGGAAUUCCAAAGACAUUUCAGCUAAGCCAUAACAUUAAAACUGUGGUCUUACGACCAAAUGGUGGAAAAUUGUGUUGCCUGAUGCUAACACUAAAGGAUGCCAGCUUCCUGACUAUUGAUAAGGUACCAUCUAAGGACGCAAACGAAAUGAGGAUGUAUCUGGAUGCAGUCCUCCAUGACAGGGUUCAUACUGCUGUGAAACCGUCUCAGGGAUCUGGCAGCUUUGGAGGUGUUCUGGGCAGCAGGACAACCCAGAAAGAAGCUAACAGACAAUUUCCAUAUAUUGAAAACCAGGUUCCUUCAAAAAGAGUGACUGUGGAGGGAAAGGAAGAAAAUCCAUUUCGAAAGGUUCUGGGCAGCCCAAGUAGAGCAUCUGUUAAGACUUCCCCAGGAAGUGGAACUCCUAGCAACAGGGUUAACAUUUCAGUGUCUCCCACUUCAUCAACUCCUUACAGAACGGGCUUAUUGGAAAACCGUGAAAAGAGGAAAAGAACACAGCCCUCUGGGUCAGAGAUGAAUGAAGAUUAUCCCAAAGAGAAUGAUUCUUCAACCAAUAACAAAGCUAUGACUGAUCCGGCAUGGAAGUUUUUAAAUAGUAGCAGAGAGAAACAGCUGAAUCUGAAACAGGCAGAGGAGAACAGGACAUCAGGGGUUUUGCCUCUACAAUCAUCCUCCUUUUAUGGUAGCAGGUCCGCAUCAAAGGACUACUCCACUGGCAAUUCCAACCUGGACAGGUCUAACAUAUCAAGUCAGACACCCUCAGCCAAAAGAAGCCUGGGGUUUCUCUCUCAGCCAGCCCCACUCUCUGUUAAAAAAAUGAGAUCUAAUCAAGACUACACAGGAUGGAACAAACCUCGAGUGCCCCUUUCCAGCCACCCACAGCAACAGCUUCAAGGAUUUUCAAACUUGGGAAAUACCUGCUACAUGAACGCCAUUUUACAGUCCUUGUUUUCAAUUCAGUCAUUUGCUAAUGAUUUACUUAAGCAGGGUAUCCCUUGGAAAAAAAUUCCACUCAAUGCACUUAUCAGACGCUUUGCCCAUCUGCUUGCUAAAAAGGAUGUUUGCAGCCCUGAGGUAAAGAAAGAGCUGCUCAAGAAAGUGAAAAGUGCCAUUUCAGCUACUGCAGAGAGAUUCUCGGGUUACAUGCAGAAUGAUGCACACGAGUUUUUGAGCCAGUGUUUGGAUCAGCUGAAGGAGGACAUGGAAAAGUUAAACAAAACUUGGAAGAGUGAGCCAGUGUCUGGUGAAGAUAACUCACCAGGACGGGCCUCUGAUGACAUCUCAGCCACUAAAGUUUACACUUGUCCAGUUAUCACUAACUUAGAGUUCGAGGUUCAACAUUCUAUCAUAUGUCAAAUGUGUGCUGAAACAGUCACUAAACGGGAGCAGUUUAAUGAUCUUUCCAUUGAUCUUCCCCGAAGAAAGAAAUUACUUCCUUCGCGAUCCAUCCAGGAUUCCCUUGAUCUCUUUUUCAGGGCAGAGGAGAUUGAGUAUUCUUGUGAGAAGUGUAAUGGAAAGUCUGCUGUUGUUACACACAAAUUCAAUAGGCUUCCCAGGGUCCUCAUUCUUCAUCUGAAACGAUACAGCUUCAAUGUGGCACUGUCUCUGAAUCACAAAGUUGGGCAGCAGGUGGUUAUACCAAGAUAUUUGACCCUGUUAGCUCACUGUACAGAAAGCACUCGGCCCCCGCUUACUCUGGGAUGGAGUGCGCAUUCUGCAGUUUCUCGACCAUUGAAAGCCUCCCAAAUGGUGAAUUCCUGUACUGUGAGCACUUCCACACCUUGUAGAAAGUAUACAUUCAAAUCAAAGAGCUCUGUGGCACUCUAUGUGGAUUCAGAUAGUGAGGAUGAGCCAUUGAAACGCUCUGUCGCUCACAGUCAAAGAUUGUGUGAUGUACAGAGCAGAGAACAGCAGCAACAGCAAGAAGAGCCUGAAAAGGGUUCAAAACGAAGUAAACCAGAGUGUGAUAAAUCUUCUGACUUGGGAAAUGCUGGUUUCGAUGGAAUGAGCGAGGAUGAGUUACUAGCAGCUGUGUUAGAGAUUAGCAAGAGGGAAGCCUCAUUCUCUGUGAGCCAUGAUGAAGAUAAACCCACAAGCAGCCCAGACACUGGUUUUGGAGAGGAUGAGAUGCAGGAAUUGCCAGAAAAUCUGCAGUCUGUAGAGACGGAGAAACCCAAAGCAACUACAGAAUCAGCUCCUGCCAAUUUCACUGAGAUAACUAAAGAUUUUGAUGAGAAUAAGGAAAACAAAACUCCGGAAGGCUCCCAGGGAGAGGUUGACUGGCUGCAGCAGUACGAUAUGGAGCGAGAGCGGGAGGAACAAGAACUUCAGCAGGCACUGGCUCAGAGCCUCCAAGAACAAGAAGCACGAGAACAAAAAGAAGAUGAUGACCUUAAACGAGCUACCGAAUUAAGUCUACAAGAAUUUAACAGCUCUCUUCUGGACAGUGUUGGCUCUGAUGAGGACUCUGGGACUGAGGAUGUUCUCGACAUGGAGUACACAGAAACUGAAGCUGAAGAGCUGAAAAGGAAUGCUGAGGUAGGAGACGUCCCCCAUUCCUAUCGUCUCAUCAGCAUUGUCAGCCAUAUUGGAAGCACAUCCUCUUCAGGCCAUUAUAUUAGUGAUGUCUAUGAUAUCAAGAAACAGUCCUGGUUCACCUACAAUGACCUAGAAGUGUCUAGAACGCUAGAGGCCUCUGUGCAGUGUGAUAGAGACCGAAGUGGCUACAUCUUCUUUUAUAUGCACAAGGACAUCUUCGAUGAGUUACUAGAAACAGAAAAGAACACACAGCCGCUUAACAUGGAAGUGGGGCGGUCUGUUCGUCAGCCUCUGUGAAGAGCAAAUCCCUUGUUUCUCCUGAGCAUGGAGAAAUCUGAACUUGUGCAAGACACGCAGGAGUAGCAAACAGCUCAGGGCCAAAACAAGAGACAAAAAGUAAGGCGUAUGGGAUGCUUAACUUGCAGAACCACGCACGUAAACCUUGGCCUGAACCACACUGGUAAACCUUUGACAUCCCAAAGCCCUCCUCCUGUGGUGAGAUUUUUAUUGUUCCAGAAAUAUUUGUGUCAGCCUGGAGCCUUAAAGCGUUACAUCAAGCCACAAGACCACAGCUGCUCAUAAACUGAUGAAACAAUAGUGCAAAAAGAGACUUGACUUGAAAGUCCAUUAACUAUGAUAUGUGAAUGGGGAAGAUUUACAUAUCACGUGGCAUUCUGUUUUUUUCCCCCAUGAGCAAUUAAAGCAAUACAGCCUGCAACCUGGCAUUUAUCGUGUCAGUAAUAGUCACUGGAAACCUAGAUCACCAAGUACGCUAUUACCUGUCUGUCCUGCUAACAGGUGUGCCGGCAUCACUCAAGUUGGCGCAUUUUGACAUUCAUGAGGUUGUAAAUGCUCUGCCAUUUACGUGCAGUUCCAGGAAACAAACCAUUGGUGCUGUGGAAUGUAUUGCAUACCUACUCACACUCUGUCAUCCAAUACAGUACAGUUCAUUGGUGUCUUUGUUUAGAAAUGAGAUUGGUUUUUUCAUUUAAAAGGUUGAUUCUUUCUGACUGCAUUUUCUUCGUAGUGUCAUUGCAUACUGCAGUUUACGUCUUUCUGUCAGUUUAUCUAUUUCUCACUGACUUUACAUCACGUUGGGCUGCCUUGUUUUGACUCUGACAGCAGCAGCUAGUGGGAUGGAAGGUGAGCUUUGGCCUGUUGGCAGAUUCUCUUCAAGGGAAGCAGAGUCAGUGCUGAGCAGUAAAAGGAAGUGAACUACAACUCUUCUUUUUGCAUCACACAUUGGAAAAAGCGCAUUUUGGCAUUAACCUUUCAGGGUCUGCAGGCAUAAAUGUUUGUCUCUGUCAUCCUCAAGUGGAAAGUCUGAAAAAUUCUUUUAGCACUUGGAUUGCUGUUCCAGUGAUCCAUAAUUUCACAUUGUCCCUACAGAUCCCAGGAAUCACAGAGAGACAGAUGUUUUUAUUCUAGCUGUCUGUUGUUUUUUUAGGAAUAUGGGCUGCUCAGCUGGAAGAAACUAAAUCAGUUGAGAAGCUUUUGAAAACCUGUAUGGAGUGUUCACAUAAGAUAUUACAGGGCAGAACUGUUACAUUUUAGUAUCCUAAUUGUACCUGGUAACAUGACGCUCAUUUUAUAGCUGACUUUGGCAAAAACAUCCAGUGAUUUAAUUUUUAUUUGAACCUUCAAAUGGUCUUUUAUUUAAUAUGGGCAAGUAUUUCCUUAAUUGGUAUUUACUUUUAUUGCAAAGAAAUUGUUGCUAAUCAUUGGAGCAUUUACUCUUCUGCCCCUAAUUUGGAUUUUGCGAUUUGAAUAAUCGGUUACAGAGAGUGCAAAGAUAUUUGUUUUUAAACUACCAUUAGGAGUUUCUCAGGAAUAAACCACCCAGAGCUAAGUAGACAAACUAUUGUUGUAGAAGACAGGAGGAAAAAUAAUUUCUUCACAGAUCUUAUAUAGUUAAGGCUCAUCUUCUGGUCUGUGUACCAGGCGAAUCUAAAUAAGUUUUGUUACAGCUUGGAUAAUAUCUUACUGGUUGUGUUGGUCUCAUAGUAUAUGGCCUAAGCAUUAAACUUCAGUCACAAACAGGACAAAGCUUUUACCUCAUAAGGUGCAGCAUCAGUAGUAUGUGACAUGUUAAUUUAUUAUAAACCAUUAUGAUUUUGUAUUGUCAACAGUGAAUAUGUUAGUGGAAUGUGUGUGUUUGUGGGGGGAGUUAAAGUAGGAAUUUUCUUUUACUGAAAAGGGCACAUACCUGUGAAAAUGUGGCAAAGAUCUCUUCCAUCCUAAAGGCAAAGCUACCUUCCUCAUCUUAACCAGCAUCCCCAUGUUCCCUACCUGCUGAAAGCAGCACACAUGGCGCUUUAAAUAACAAAUGUACUUCUAAUAUCAGCGGGUUAGCACUGCUGAUUGCUUGGUGGGGAGCAGAUUAUCGUGUUGAGGCACAGCACUCCAAAUCAGUUCAUUUCUAAUAAAAUCCAAGAUUGCCCAGUGUUAGCUGUUACCCUAAUUUAUGUAUAAAACCAUUUUUGAUGUAGAUCCAGAGUUGAGAGAGCUGACACUUGCAACCAGAUUUCAUGGUCCCUCUAGCGAAAACCAGGUUCUCGCUUAGCGUAGCUAGAAACAACUAGUGAACCUAUGUGUUUUUCAUUUUUUUGGCAUAUGGCAGCUUCCUGAACAGAGCUGAUUGUCAGUCCAACACUGUGCACCCUCACAUCCCCCGUCUAAAGAUGGAUUCUUUCUCUCUGCUCCAAGGUGACAAUGAGGAAGGAAAUCUGUAAUUUGUCAAAGGGUGUAUGUAUAAAUCAAUACUUUGGGGAUUUUGCACAGCAUAGCUAGUUCACUCAGAAUUGAGGGGAGUAUGUGUUCCCAGCGUUCUGUGUUAUACCUAAUUCACUUUCACAUUCAAUACUACUUGCAUUUUUGCAAUAACUUUGAAAUUCAGUAGAGCGGAGCUCUGUGCAACCUUUACAACCGUAUUGGAUUAUAUGUAGGACAGGCACAAACCAAAUAAAAGCCAGAACAUGUAGGGAUUUUAGCAUCAGAUGUCUUGGAGAGGAAAUCAUUUAAAUAUCCUACAAACCCUUAAUGCCUUUAUUAAAAUGGCUGUUAAUAGUGUUGAGGCCUGCUAAAGAGAGUAGGGCUUUCUGGGCGAUGGUGGAGUGCUGUUGGUAUGAAUUAUAUAUCUUAUUAAUUAGAGAGGGUUCUAUGGAGUGCAUGUUAUAAAACACUCUUUGACAUUUCCUGAAAUGUAUGGAGUUGUUGGUUUCAAAAGAACCUGAGAGCCAGUUUAGUUUGGUCUGAGUUUGCUUCAGUGUAUAAAAAACAAAACACCAAUGUCGUUCUUCCUUCCAGCCCCACCCUAUCAUCAGAUUUCUGCUCUGACUUGUUCUUGAUUUCCUCCUUCACUGUAUCUGGCUACUUUUUGAUGAUGAAUGUAUAAAUGUUUAUGUAAAUGAACUGGAAUUUUUGUCCCAGAUAUUGCGCUGUGUGUGUCUGAGUCCACACAGAGGACUGUUGUACUGGGAUGUGCAAAAGAACCAAAAAAAAAAAAAGAAAAUACAUAGGUACUAGCUUCCUAACUAAAGCUUCAGUCUAUAAUAUGAGGAGAGCAUUUUCAUGUGUCUGACCUUGGCUGAUUGCCUCCCCAGCCGUGUUUUCAUCAUGGUGUAAAUGGCCUGAUUUGGAGUGUACUGACUUCUUUUUCUGUGUGCUGUAUCUGAUGUACUGGAAGGAUUAGUACAUGCCGUUUGCACUGCAACCAAUGGGAGAAGCAGUUGAUUAUCCAGUGUUAACAUUUUAUUGAAACUCACAGAAGGUUUUAGGUGCCCGUGAAAAAUUCUUUGCUUGGGGUUGGAGGGGGGGAAGUUGUGUGUGGCUGGAAAGAACUAACUGGGUCACUUCUUAACUGAUCUAAUCUAAGAUUGUAAUCAACUGCCAAAGAGAGAGAAUAAAAAGGCAUUCUAUAUCCUUUGCACUCUGCUGCCAGUAUUCCCUGUCCCACCGGAGGUCUUAUGUGCCUCCUGACUACAUAAUUCUUGAAAAACUGGUGGGGAAGGGGUUCCAGGUGUGUGUGUGUGUGUGUGUGUGUUUGAAAGAAGCCAGGAUGGAUGCCACGUGACCGGGUUAGAUUCUGCAUUGAGUGACUUUUGAUUCUUUACACCAUUGAUGUGGAGCAGCACUUUCUCUGUGUUUUAGCAGAUCUGUUCCUCUGUAUACUUUACAGUUUUGCUCUUGUUUUUUCCUUUUUAAAUGAUGUGUAGAUAGAUUUUUGUGAAAUUAAAACCUCUUUAUUAACCCUCUAA